UUGUUGACUUUCCUCAACUAUUGUCCAACAAGUUUCGUUUUAUUUUCCAUGAAGUUCACCAAAACUAGUGACAUGAUAUGAGUUCCAUCAUCAAAACGACGAUUACCUGCUCUAGUUUCUUUUGAGUUUGUCCUCUCAACUACCAGUUAUUGUGUUCUAUAUCUUGCCACUUCCUAGAAAGAUACUAAUGAUCUAAUGGCCUCUUCCCGCAAUUGGCUAUUCGAUGUUUUCCCAAGCUUCAGUGGGGAAGAUGUCCGUCAAACUUUCCUAAGCCAUUUACUAAAGGAGCUUGAUCGCAAACUGAUCAGUGCUUUCAAAGACAGUGAAAUCAAGAAAAGCCAGUCCAUUGGCCCCGAGCUGGAACAAGCCAUUAGAGAUUCAAGGAUCGCCGUGGUAAUCUUCUCGAAAAACUAUGCAUCUUCAAGCUGGUGCCUUGAUGAGUUGCUGGAAAUCAAGAAAUGUAAGGACAUUUUUGGCCAACUUGUCAUACCGAUCUUCUACAGGUUGGAUCCUACUCAUGUCAGGAAACAGACCGGAGAUUUUGGAGAGGUUUUUGAGAAGACUUGCCAUAACAAAACAGAGGACAAGAAAAAUCAAUGGAAGCAAGCGUUGACCGAUGUUGCUAAUAUCCACGGAUAUCAUUCUCGAAAUUGGUAUCACUUUAUCUAUUCUAUUAUUUAGAAUAUUACUUUUAUCUACCAAUACAAAAUUGUCAUUUAAAUUUAAAAAUAUAUUUUGACCCGCACUGUUGUGCGGAUGAUU